UCUUGACAGUGGUGCUUGGAGCCGAGAGGGUCAGGGGGAGGAGAGGAAAGGGAGUGGAGCGAGAAGACGACAGGAGGAGAUCCACACAGGGUGACCAAUUUCACCGGACCAUCCUUGGAAAGCUAUCCGCUACAAAUGGUCCUCCACCCGGCUGUCUGCUCCCAUCCACACCGAGACGGAUUGUCUGCUGCGGUCCUGUCGGGGAACAGAAACAGAAGAUGAUCACGUCCCAGCAGGAGAUAGGACUGGCAGCAGAGUCUGGACUUCUCAUUAACCUCGGUCUCUGAUCACCGGCCCUGGCACAAACAUCUGGAGCUUCUUAAAGCGCCUGGUUGACCUCAUCCAGUCAGACCCACCCUGCGGCCCUGCAGCGCGGCCUCUACAAACCCCUCGUCACUACUUCUAAAUAUUGUCCACGGGGAUAAAUGAGUGAACCGGCUGCAAGGGAGAGGGCUGGGACAUGUACCAGAACCCCAACAGAAUGUCCUGGUUCAGUGGUUUCCUAGUCGCCAGAGUGGACGACCGCAAGACUGCGUGGGGGGAGCGCAAUGGCAAGAAGUCAAAACGGAAGGGAGGCUCAUCUCUCUGCAACCCACGUUACAUGAGCUGUCUGCGGGAUCCAGAUGCUAUGGAGCCCCCCUCUGGAGCCCCCCUCCAUCAGCACCACCGCGGAGGGAUGGCGGGGGCCGUGGGAGGCGGGGGCAACUUCGGCGUCCGUUGCGGAUGGCAGGAGGACCACUACGGCAAAAGGGUAGUGGCUUCCGGGGAAGGGGUGGGGCUGAAAUCGGUCGACUUGGGCUUUGACGACGGCGAUUUGAAGGGGAGGAAAGGGGGAUGUAACGGAGGCAGCGGGGACAUGGGCGACGACGGCGCAGCAGGGGUGGUGACGGCCGCGGACUGCUGGCUCAGGGUGGUGCAGGUGUUCCAGUCGAAGAAAUUCCAGUCCCGCAAACUGGAGCGCCUCUACCAGCGGUACUUCUUCAGGCUGAACCAGAGCUCCUUGACAAUGCUCAUGGGGGUGCUUGUGAUCGUGUGCGGCAUUAUGCUGACCUUCCACUGUGUCCACGCCGCCCCUCACGUGGCCUACUCCUCAGCACUAUCGGUGGCCAUGGCGCUCUUCAUGGCUUUAAUGGUGGUGUGCAACCGCAACGGCUUCCACCAGGAUUACAUGUGGAUGGUCAGUUACCUGGUGAUCGGAGUCUUACUGUCCGUACAGGUGUUCGGGGUGCUCAUGGUGGCCCCCAGGAGCGCCUCGGAGGGCAUCUGGUGGUCCGUGUUCUUCAUCUACAUCAUCUACACUCUGCUGCCUGUGAGGAUGAGAGCGGCGGUGGUCAGUGGAGCAGUGCUGUCCAUCAUUCAUGUGGUCACCACCUGGCAGAUCAAUCAGGAAGACCAGUUCCUCUGGAAACAGGUGAGCGCUAAUGUCCUGAUCUUCCUGUGCACAAACAUCAUCGGUAUCUGUACCCACUACCCCGCUGAGGUUUCCCAGAGACAAGCCUUCCAGGAGACCAGAGGAUACAUCCAGGCCCGACUGCACCUGCAGAGGGAGAAUCAGCAACAGGAACGUCUGUUGCUUUCAGUGUUGCCAAGGCAUGUUGCCAUGGAGAUGAAGGCUGACAUCAAUGCCAAGAAGGAAGACAUGAUGUUUCAUAAAAUCUACAUCCAGAAACACGACAACGUCAGUAUUCUGUUUGCAGACAUCGAGGGUUUCACCAGCCUCGCCUCCCAGUGCACGGCUCAGGAACUGGUCAUGACACUCAAUGAACUCUUUGCCCGUUUCGACAAGCUGGCAUCGGAGAAUCACUGUCUACGUAUUAAAAUUUUGGGAGAUUGUUACUACUGUGUGUCGGGGCUGCCUGAGCCCCGGGCGGAUCACGCUCACUGCUGUGUGGAGAUGGGUGUCGACAUGAUUGAGGCGAUCUCGCUGGUGCGUGAGGUGACGGGAGUAAACGUCAACAUGCGUGUGGGUAUUCACAGCGGGCGUGUGCACUGCGGUGUGCUGGGACUCAGGAAGUGGCAGUUUGACGUGUGGUCGAAUGACGUCACGCUGGCCAAUCACAUGGAGGCAGGAGGCAAAGCAGGGCGGAUCCACAUCACUAAAGCCACGCUGCAGUAUCUGAACGCAGACUAUGAGGUGGAGCCAGGCUUUGGAGGUGAGAGGAACGCGUAUCUGAAGGAGAACAGCAUCGAGACCUUCCUGGUCCUCGGCUGCAGCGAGAAACGGAAGGAGGAGAAGGCGGUGAUGGCGAAGAUGCAGCGGACGAGAGCCAACUCUAACGAGGGUCUGCUGCCCCGCUGGGUCCCCGACAGAACCUUCUCCAGGACCAAGGACUCCAAAGUCUUCAGACAAAUGGGGAUUGAUGAGAGCUCCAGUAAAGACAAAGGAGGCUGUGACCUAUAUCUGACUCUCUUGCAGUAUUCCAAGAAGGUGGACGAUCGUUUUGGAGGCUAUGUUGCCUGUUCUCUACUAGUAUUCUGCUUCAUAUCCCUCAUACAGAUCGUCAUCUUUCCACACACCCCGGUCAUGCUGGGAAUCUACAUCAGUAUCUUCGUCAUACUCGCCAACAUCCUUUUCAUCUGUGCCAUAUAUUCGUGCAUCAAGCUCUUUCCAGCUGCAAUGCAGACCGUUUCAAAGAAGAUUGUUGAGUCUCGCACCAACAGCACCCUGGUGGGAGUAUUCACCAUUAUCCUUGUGUUCAUCUCUGCCUUUGUUAAUAUGUUUGCCUGUGACACCAGGAGCUUGGCACAAUGCGUCGCCGAAAAGCUGAACACCUCCGCGGCGCUGGUGACGCCCUGUUUGAUCCGCAGCUUGAAUGUGUCCAUUGAAGGGGGUCUGGAGAUCUGUCCGAGCGAAGGCCCCUCCUGCCCCUUCCCUGAGUAUUUUAGCUACAGCGUGCUGCUGACGCUGCUGGCCUGCUCGGUGUUCCUGCAGAUCAGCAGCAUCGGGAAGCUCGCCCUCAUGCUGCUCAUCCAGCUCACCUUCCUGCUGCUGGUGGAGUGGCCACAGGUCGCUCUGUUCGACAACGCAGACCUCUUCGUCACCUCCAAUGCCAUUGAUUUAAAUCAAACUAGUGCUCAAUGGUCCAGUUUCAAUGAAACUACAAACCAGUGCCCAUUCGUUGUGACCAAAGUGUCCCUGAGGGUCAUGACUCCAGUGAUCCUCACAGUCUUCGUCCUGGCGCUGUACCUGCACUCCCAGCAGGUCGAAUCCACCGCACGCCUCGACUUCCUGUGGAAACUACAGGCCACAGAGGAGAAGGAGGAGAUGGAGGAACUGCAAGCCUACAACCGACGCCUCCUCCAUAAUAUUCUGCCCAAGGACGUAGCCGCUCACUUUUUGACGCGCGAGCGGCGUAACGACGAGCUCUUCUACCAGUCCUGUGAGUGUGUGGCCGUCAUGUUCGCCUCCAUCAGCAACUUCUCUGAGUUCUACGUGGAGCUGGAGGCCAACAACGAGGGGGUGGAGUGUCUCCGGCUGCUCAACGAGAUCAUCGCUGACUUUGAUGAGAUCAUCAGUGAAGAUAAGUACAGGCAGCUAGAGAAAAUCAAGACCAUCGGUUCCACCUACAUGGCGGCCUCCGGUCUCAACGACUCCACCUAUGACAAGGAGGGCCGAUCACACAUUAUUGCACUGGCCGACUACGCCAUGAGACUGAGGGAGCAGAUGAAGUACAUCAACGAGCAUUCCUUCAACAACUUCCAGAUGAAGAUAGGUCUGAACAUUGGGCCGGUGGUGGCGGGGGUUAUUGGUGCGCGGAAGCCUCAAUAUGAUAUUUGGGGAAACACAGUCAAUGUGGCCAGCCGUAUGGACAGCACAGGUGUACCUGACUGCAUACAGGUGACUACAGACCUCUACCAGGUGCUUGCAAACAAAGGGUACGUGCUGGAGUAUCGCGGGGUGGUAAAGGUCAAAGGUAAAGGGGAAAUGGCAACCUACUUCCUGAACGAAGGGCCGCCCAACAGUUAGCAGCCGGGGCAGCAGCAGAUGUCGGGAUGUCCCCGCUGCGAGGACACAGCCCCACUGAGCGAGGACUCACAGUGUGAGCAAUGGCUACAAACUAGAGACGCUAUCACUUGAAUCCCAAGUAAAGAGGAAAACAAACUCUAAAGACAUCAAAUGGAAAGUGUUCUUGAUGAGAAGAAAAUGUUCUCGUUUAGCAGCCAUUUUGGCUCCAAACAUGAUGAAGGACGCGUGUUUUUCUCAUGUCUAGCCUCUCUCUCAGGCUUCUUGAAAGAUGCAAAGUCUGUUUAUUUAAAACAACGCCUUUUAGCCUGUGUCAAAGAAGAUUAACGCUGUACAUAAGGCUACUUUUUAUUUUACUUUGAGUUUUGUUUUUCUGAUUUGUAUUUUUUAUUUCACAUGACCUAUGAAGAACAGGUACUCAUUUUCUGUUUCUGGAUUAAUUAUUUAUUUUAAUCUCGAUGUUUUGUGCAAAAAGGUCCUUUAUAAAAAAGUGUGAAUACAUACGUGCACAAAUAUCCAGUUUAUUACACGUUUAUAAGUGUGUAUGUACAUGCAUAUUUGUGUGUGUAUGAAUAUAUGUAUAAACCGAGGAGAAAUAUAUUGACCAAAGACUAAAGUAUUCACUAAAAGCAAGGCAAGACAUGUUUGAUAUGUUCUCGCAAAAGUCAGCAAUGAUCACCACCUCUGUUUUUUAGGCAGAAGGCCUGAACCCUGUCUUUUUGGCAGCGCAGGCUGCUACAUUGUUUUCAUAAAAUAUAUCAAAUGUAUUUAUUUUGUCUGUCAUUCAGGCAGCGGAGAGCUCUAAAUUAUAAUGUUGACCUCAACCUCUCAACAAAAUGACUAAAGACGACUAAGGAUGUGAGUAGAAGGUGAUAUCUGAAAUCUAUAUUUUAAAAGUAGGAUCCUCUUCAUCCUCAUUUCCUGUCGGAUUGCUUUCUUAGAGCUUGAGCAGCCAGUGUGCCGCUGGUUUCAGCCGUUACAGUAUAUAUUGUCAUCGACUGCUCCUUCCCUUUCAGAAAAGUAUUUUUUUGGUGCAAAUGGAAAUGAAGGAAUUUAGAUCCAGAGCCAUCAGAGGGGGAAACCUCAGAUUUCAACGCAGUUGUACCACACAGCCUGAUUCUUCCAUGAAGAAGAAAUAAAUGAAGGAAAGAAAUAUAUAUUGAUUUUGACUGAAUACUGUGCUUUGUAAUCCUGAAGGGGCAUAACUAUUUUCACUGUGAGGUUUUUAUGAUACGACAAAAACUGCUUUCUUGCCAAACAUAACUGCUUUGAAGCAUGUCUGAUUGUGGUAUCUUGUUUUCAUUUUGGUUUGUUUUAACGUAGGGUAUUUUGUAUCACCUCUGUAUCCAUCAUUUGUAUAUUCUUAAUAUUAUUAUUAUUAUUAUGAUGAUUAUGAUUAUGCUUAUAAUGAUGAUUCCAUUCCAAUGAAAAGGAUCAAAGACCAGCACGCUUUCUUGUAAAAUGCCAGUUGUAAAAGCUCAAGCUCACUGGUACCAACUGAUCAACUGCAGCCAAUGAAUUCUGCUGUUCAACCCUACAUGUACAAUACAGUAUUUCAUGUAUAGCAAGUAAUAACCAUUAGCUGCCUUUGCAGCAGAACCCGAGAGGUGUAUGCUCACAUAAGCAGUAAACACACAUAUAUACAGAUGAUUCACUGUGCUUUUUUAAUUUAUUUAUGCCACUACUGCAGUAUUGUAAAUCUCAGUCAGGCUUUAGGUGACCUCUCCCUCCCACACAUUCACUUCUCAGUAACAUAGGAUAUCACUGGUGUUAGACUGUGUGAAGAGGACAGCCGAAUUAAUAAACCUAACCACAUAUUUCUGUAUCCUGCCCACAAUCAGUAGAAGUAAUAGCUGAGUUUGAUUGCCUUAAGUUAAUAUAAAACAAAUCAUAGAAUAACUCUGACAGGGAGCAGUGCCUGCCUGGACUGCAGAUGAUUGGACGAGAGAUUGAUAAAGGGCUUGUUGGGAAUAAUUUCCGGUGAACAUUCUCAUCAUUAAACUCGAUCUUGGUUUCUCCAGCUUCAACUUUUUGUAAUUGGGAGAAUCGGACCUGAUUUAGCUCUUCCGCCACACUCAACACUGGCAACCAACAGUUGAUCAUGUUUGUACCAAAGCCAGCUCACGCAGCCUCGUGCUCUGUCCCCUCCUGAGCGAUGAUAUGUGGCCUCGGGGCGUGGUGGGAGCACCAGAGGACGAAAUGUAAUGGAGAUCACCAACUAUGAAGUGAACUGUGACCAAUGAAGAGUGAGUCAUAUAAGCAGAGUUUAUCCAACGGACAUGAGUUUUAAAAUGUGCACUGUAUGUAUUCUAUUUCUAUUGGCUGUCCAUAGACUUGUGUUGAUUGUUAACUCUUGGGAUGUUUUUGGGGGGAACAGGAGGGGAGGAAGGCUGUCCCCCAUACUACUGAAACACUGUUUUUGCUCAGGCCUGAUGAAUCCUUCCGUAUGUUUUUAUUUGUAUUUUCCCUCAGUUGGAGGAGCUGAAAGGGGAGUGUUUUCUGCAAAACUGAAGGACAUGAGGAGUUGAGGACUAUGACAAAGAGAACAAAUAACAUUUCCCCUUGAAGAAAAAAAAUUAAAAAAGAUCAAUGGC